GCUAGCUCGGUAGAAGGAGAGCUUCAACCAGUGCAAGAGCAAGCUCUCUGCUUCUUCUCGGACUGGCAGUGCCGAGCUGGAACAGUGCCUGCCGCUGGGAGCGGCGAACGACGACGGGGCGCUCCACUUUGACUCUGUUGACUGCUCUGUGUUUGUCAAUCCUGAUCUGUCCGUGCAUCCAAGAAUAAGGUUCUUCACAGCUGGCAAACUCGGCAGACUUAUACUUGGCACACCAUCCCAGGCACUGUUCCUAAGCAGUACGGUGUGAUGAAGGCUAGGGUGGUGCCAACUCAAAACCUCCCGUGGGACACGACACAUGUCAGGCGCAAAAUCGCAGAGGCUAAAGCUUUUAUAAACAGGUCGCUGCAUGAACACUCGCUGGCUAGUACAGAGCGCAACAAGAAGUUUUCCCAGAGGCUAUCUGAGCUUAACAGCGGGGCCAUUUGUUUUGUGAACAACAACAUGCGCAAGGAGAUUGAAAUGCACAUGGAAAAUGAGAGGGUAGUGACGAGGAGGCACAUGGAAGCUUUAAUUAAGUACAUUGAUGAGCUGGGCCUGGGAGACUUUGGAAACGACCUAAAACAGCAACUCAUUGCUGUGGCGGCUCAAACAGGUGCCUACAGCGGGACUGGAGAAGGGACGAGCCGAAACGAAGCAUUUAAUCCCGGCCAAUCCAUUCCUGCAGCGGGUGUGCUCCAUCCUGUUGCCAUUCGUCCUGAACCAGUGCAUCCCCCGGUCCCCAAUCGCGAGCCCCUGCAGCAUAUUGAUAGUGUUUCAUCCUUAAUGCUGCCCGGGGAGGUUGAGGUAGACGAGAUGGCCAAUCCAGUAUUGCCAAGCGUGCCAAUUCGUAUGUCCAUGGGGUCUUUUGGACAGUUUUAUCUAAAUGGUGGCCUAGCUAAUGUGCCACGGCCUGAUGAAAACAUGGGGUUUGUGCACCUGGGGAAGACAAAAGAAAGAGACUUUGAUGAGGGGGGUGAGAUAAUUAUUUACGAGGGGAAACGCGCCCCUCCUAUAGAAUUGAAUCUGUUGUCAAGUUUUGGAGCUGACAACUCUAGCAGCAGCUCCGUGCCAUGCAUGCAUCACGGGAGAUCUCCAUUCAGCAUACCUGGCUUCACUUACGAGUUUGCUUCACCAGCAGUCGCCAACAAAGGAUGGGAAAACAUGACUCAGUGCUGACGUGAUGUUUUAGACAGUACAUGGUUUGAUCUCGCUGGGCCGCCCCACAUCGUAAUGUCCGGGAGCGAGUUCUAUGCAAACUUUUAUCAGCCGGGGGGGCUUGAUGACAAGGGUUUUGAGGUUGUAAACAUGGUUAUGGUCGAGCAUGAUGGAAGGUGGCACAAAAGCUCCGACAUGAGCCGUUUUCGUCACCCUUUGCCGCCGUACUUUGCGGUAAGCUUUCUAUGACCAGGGCAAUCGUAAUGCAAAUGUGUGUGGGUGAAGUUUGUUGUAUAAUUUCAGGCCAAAGUUAUGGAGGAAGGGUACGAUUUCUUGACUGAUCCUUACAUAAAAAAACUGUUUGUUGGAGAGCGCGUGUGUUACGAUGUGAAGACAUG